GUAUCUCUGUCUUCCUCCUCUUGCCAUUCCACCUUCCAUUCCCUCUCUUUACGAGUCUCUCACACACAGACACACACACACCAACUUUCAUAAAUAAAAAUCAGUCUAAGAAACCCUAAAUCCUACACAAUUUCCAAGAGAAUUAAACAUGACAGACAGAGUCUACCCUUCCAAACCCGCCACCAACGGCACCGCCGCAGCACACGGCGGCAACCCGUCGUUUCCCGCCAACAAAGCUCAGCUAUACAACACCACCCGCCCUGCCUACCGCCCGCAGCCCCACCACAGCCGCCGCCGCGGCCGUAGCUGCUGCUGCUCCUUCUGCCUCUGCAUCACCCUCUUUUUCAUUACCCUCAUCGUCCUCGCCACCGUCGCCGGCGCCGUCCUCUGGGUCCUCUACCGCCCCCACCGCCCCUCCUUCUCCGUCUCCUCCCUCCGAAUCUCCCAAUUCAACUUCACUUCGUCUUCGCAGCUCAACUCCAAGUUCAACCUCACCGUCACCGCCCAAAACCCUAACAAAAAGCUCGUCUUCUUCUACGACCCCAUGAAAAUCAAAGUCACCGCCGACGGAAUCAACGUCGGCGACGGAUCAAUUCCCGCGUUCGUUCACGGCACGAAGAACACAACGACUCUGAGAUCAACGAUCACAAGCAGUGCUCAGAGCAUGGAUAGUACCUCAAUUAGUACAUUGAAGUCAGAUCUGAAGAACAAGAAUGGAUUAGAUUUGAAAAUCCAGCUGGACACGAAGGUGAAAGUGAAGAUCGGGGGGUUGAAGACGACGAAAGUGGCGAUUAGGGUUUCGUGCAAGGGUAUUAAAGCUGCCGUGCCGACCGGAAAGACGUCGACGACGGCGACGACGUCGGACGCGAAGUGUAAGGUUUAUCCCCGGAUCAAGAUCUGGAAAUGGACGAUAUGAAGAAAGUUCAAGAAAGUUUUAUUUUCCAUUUUUAUUUUGUUUUGAAUUUAGUUUCUUUAUUCAAUUUGUUGUGAGGAAUAUUUUAUUUUAUUUUAUUUUUCUGUUUUUUUGCUCAUUUUCUGUGCUUGUAAAUGAAGGAAGAUUUAUGGGUGAUGGAUAUAGAAAGUGAUUGCAUAUA